AUGAAUCUCGCCCUACAGGACCCGUUUGCGGUCGCCAAGGAGUACCCCGAGACCCUCGUCAACUCCCUCACUGUUGGUCACUCGGUGGUCAUCCAAUUCAACUACAAAGGUGACUACCUUGCAUCUGGUUUAAGCGAUGGAGUCAUUGUUAUUUACGACAUGAUCAGCGGAGGUGCCGUGGCCCAAUUGAACGACGGAGGACACACUCGACCCGUAACGUCGCUCAGCUGGUCUCGAUGUGGUCGCUAUAUUCUCUCGUCAUCGCAAGAUUGGAGCUGCAUUCUCUGGGACUUGAGCUUGGUCAAUAAUGAGGACGAGGUAUCGCCAGUCAUCAGCAAAACCACGUUUGAUGGCCCCAUCUGGCAGGCCACCAUGCAUCCCAAGAACCACGAGAUAUUCUCAGCGUCCUUGUUUGAAGAUGAACCAGUAUUGGUCAGUGGGGGAGUGGUGAAGAGACUCCCCACGGGCUCGGUGAGCUCUACCACCCAAGACGACGACGAUGAACCACGAAAGAAACGGAAAGAACGCCACAACACGUUGGUAACAGCCUUCAGUGUGGACGGGAACUUUUUAUUCACAGGCACCAGCAAAGGAUGGCUCAACGUGAUAGCUGUGGAUAGGGUGGAACUCGUGCACUCUGAAAAGAUGGCCAACGCCAAUGUUAAGAACUUGGUGGUUUCUGCAAACGGCAGAAAACUCGCUAUCAACACUUCGGACCGUAUCAUACGACAGGUCAAUCUUCCCGAUAUGAUGAACUUGAACAGCUCGCAAUGGGAGUUUGAAAUCGAACACAAGUACCAGGACGUGGUCAACAAGCUCCAAUGGAACUCGGUGUCCUUCAACUACAAUGCUGAGUUUUUGGUUGCAUCCACUUAUGGGCAGUCGUCACACGAUUUAUACGUGUGGGAGACAUCGAUGGGGUCUUUGGUGAAGAUUUUGGAGGGAAGCAACGAGGAAUUGGUAGACGUCAAGUGGAACCACGCCAGGUGUACCAUUGGAGCUACGGGCAUAGAUAGCGGGGCUAUUUACUUGUGGCUGAUUGAGUUUCCGCAAAAGUGGUCUGCAUUAGCCCCAGAUUUCGUUGAGAUCGAGGAGAAUAUCGAGUACGAGGAAAAAGAGGACGAGUUCGAUAUAAUUGGUGAGGAUGCGUUGAACAAAAAGAGACUAGAGGAAGAGCAUACGACAGUGGAUGUGGUCACAAGAGAGUCCUUGGAUGCUCGUGGGUUUGACACUAGCCCAUCCUUUGUGAUUCCGAUCAAUUACGAGAGGUGA